CUAAUUACACCAUUUAUCACUAUGUUACCAACUGAUAUUCGGAAGGCUCUCCCUAGCGGGGUUCCUAUUCAGCGGUGCAUUGCCCCGAGUCAGACGGCAGUCGCACUCCCGAGAGCUUUUUAAAGCUUCAAGAGCUCCCCUCCGAAGAUAUUGUUACACAGUCCGACAGGAGCAGGAACAAACUGGGACAUAAUCUUAAUGUCUCAUAUCUCUCAUUGCACUUACAGCAAUGGAUUCAUUCACCUUCCGAGAACGUGGUCAGCGCAUCAAAGACAAGACCCGAGCUCGGCUUACCGAUAGACAUAGUUGGAAACUGCCCAAGCAGACGAGCAGCAUCGCGCCGUCUUACGUCUGGUCCAAUGCCGAUCAAGAUCCGGUUCCAGAAGAUAAACGGACCUGGACAAGUUGGGCGUUCAUCGGAUAUUGGUACUCCGACCUGGUAACAGUCUCAACAUGGACCGCCGCCAGCGCCAUAAUGACUACAGGUCUGACGGCCACCGACGCUAUCCUGAUCGUCCUAGUCGCAGCCAUUUGUAACGCGAUCCCAACAGUCCUCAACGGCGCAAUCGGCGCAGACCUACACAUCCCGUUCCCGAUCGCCUGCCGCGCCAGCUACGGGUACUGGCUCAGCUACUUCUGCGUCGUAACGCGGGCGAUCCUCGCACUCUUCUGGUUCGGCGUGCAGAGCGCCAACGGCGGCUCCUGCGUCACCGCCAUCAUCACCGCUAUCUGGCCUAGCUACGCGCAUUUACCAAACUCCCUGCCUAAAUCCGCGGGCACGACUAGCCAGGGCUUGCUGAGUUAUUUUAUUUAUUGGUGUAUACAGUUCCCGUUACUCUUGAUCCCGAGUCAUAGACUGCAGUACCUGUUUUGGGUUAAGACGGUGUUGGUUACGCCGAUGGCGCUGGCGAUGGUGGUUUGGAUCACGGUGGCUGCGGGGGGUAAUGGGGAGUUUUUUUAUGCGCCGGCGACGGUGGGGGGUUCGGCGAGGGCGUGGUUGUGGUUGUCGAAUUUGACUAGCGUAACAGGCGGCUACUCCACCCUCGCAGUCAACAUCCCCGACUUCUCGCGGUUCAGCAAAACACGCGGCGCGCAGCUAUGGCAACUCCCCUUCAUCCCGCUCUUCAAAACCCUCGUCGGCAUCUUCGGCAUCGUGUCUGCCAGCGCGUCCAAGCAGGUCUACGGCACCGUCUACUGGUCCCCCCUCGACAUCAUCAACCGCUGGCAGGGCUCCCCCGGCGGUCGCGCCGCUGCCUUCUUCGCUGCAUCGAUCUGGCUGCUCGCACAAAUUAGUGUGAAUGUUAGUGCUAAUGGCAUCAGUUUCGCGAACGACGUUACGACCCUCGCGCCUAAGUGGUUUAAUAUACGCAGAGGCGUUGUUCUAGUCCAGGUGUUAGGGGGCUGGGCCCUGUGUCCGUGGAUCAUAGUCUCGUCCGCGGCAGCGUUUUUGAAUUUCAUGAGUGCAUAUGCGAUUUUCAUGGCGCCUAUUGCGGGCGUCUUAGUUGCGGAUUAUUGGGUUGUUAAGAAGAGACGGUAUGAUGUGCCUGCGCUGUAUGAUCCUGAGGGCAUUUAUCGGUAUAAAUACGGUGUCAAUUGGAGGGCUUUGGUCGCGACGGCGAUUGUUAUCGUGCCGUUGCUUCCAGCGCUCGCGAAGAAGGUUACACCUGCGAAUGUGCAUAUUAGUCAGGGGCUGGUGAACCUUUUUACGUUUAAUUGGCUGUACGGGUUCUUUGUGGCGGUGGUUUUGUACUGUGGGUUGAAUUACUGGUUCCCGGAUCGGACGACGCUAAUUCCACAUGUGGUUCCUGGAGACGCAUCGGUUGUGAGGGCGGUUGAUGCGGAUGUAGAGAGUGGGACGACGGGGGACGAGAAGAUGAGGGAGGAAGUGAGGACGGAGCCUGAGAGGGAUCCUUCGAUUAAGGAGGCACGGGAUAUCACCGCAAUUUAAACACGAUAUACUCUCUACAAUCGCGAGAUA